CUACAAACACAGAGCAAUUAGUGACACUGGUGUAAACAUACAUAAGCAUUACGAUCAAACCAAUUACGCUUUUUUAUUAGAGCGAUCAAUCAAUCAUCCAAUUUCGAUCGAAGCUAGGGUUUGUUGCUAUUCAAGAAGAAGCCAAAAUGGAUACAUGCGGUUUUCACGACGGCAAUAUCUAUAAUUUCCUCGAAACCAGAUACUUCGAUUCUCGUCGUGAUAUCAAUCACAGUUUACAAAUGCAUUCGUCAUUGAUACGAAGACUCUCCCAGGAAAGAGAAUUGGAGGGCCAUCAGGGUUGUGUCAAUUCUAUAGCUUGGAAUUCUACGGGUUCUCUCUUGGUUUCUGGAUCAGAUGAUACUCGGAUGAACAUAUGGAGCUAUAGCGGGCGAAAGCUUUUGCAUUCUAUAGAUACUGGGCAUUCUGCAAACAUUUUCUGUACAAAAUUUAUUCCUGAAACGUCUGAUGAGCUUGUGGUCUCUGGAGCUGGAGAUGCAGAAGUUCGGUUGUUUAAUUUGUCUCGUUUGAGUGGGAGAGGACCGGACGAUAAUGCCAUUGCCCCCUUAGCACUGUAUCAAUGUCACACUAAAAGAGUAAAAAAACUAGCGGUUGAAGUUGGGAACCCCAACGUGGUUUGGAGUGCUAGUGAAGAUGGGACACUGAGACAGCAUGACCUUCGGGAGGAUUCUUCUUGUCCACCAGCUGGAUCAUCUCCCCAGGAGUGUCGUAAUGUUCUACUUGACUUGCGGUGUGGGGCAAAGAGGUCACUAGUUGAUCCUCCUAAACAGACCCUUGCUCUAAAAUCUUGCGACAUCAGUGCUCGUCGACCUCAUUUGCUCCUAGUUGGUGGGAGUGAUGCCUUUGCACGUCUAUAUGAUAGAAGGAUGCUGCCUCCUCUGACUUCUUGUCGGAAAAGGAUGCCGCCACCACCUUGUGUUAACUAUAUUUGCCCCAUGCAUCUUUCUGAACGCGGACGCUCAGGUUUGCACCUAACUCAUGUAACAUUUAGUCCAAGUGGAGAUGAGGUUCUACUUAGUUACAGUGGAGAGCAUGUUUACCUUAUGAAUGUAAAUCACGCUGGAGGAAGUUCUAUGCAAUAUACUACAGGAGAUGCUUCAAAACUAAUGACCUUUGCUCCUAUUCUCAAUGGGUUAGAACUGCAACCACCACCAUCAGAUAUAUCCAAAAAUGGUCUUCGUUUCAAAAGCUAUGUUGCUUCCACGCUUCAGAAGUGUAGGAAGCUGCUUCAGUUUGCUGAAAAAUGCUUAGAUGAUGGUGCAAAUUUUUUCUAUGGCAUUGAAGCAUGCAAUGAAGUUUUGGAUCGGCAUGGUCGUGAUAUUAGUCCUGCAAUUAGGCAUGACUGUCUCUGCACACGUGCAGCCUUGUUGCUUAAGCGAAAGUGGAAAAAUGAUGUUCACAUGGCCAUAAGAGAUUGCUACAAUGCUCGUAGAAUAGACAGCUCUUCAUUUAGAGCCCUUUAUUACAUGUCUGAAGCUUUGUCACAGUUGGGAAAAUAUAAAGAAGCUCUAGAUUUUGCUGUUGCUUCACAAUGUGUAGCUCCAUCUGAUACUGAAAUUGCAGAAUGGGUGGAGAACAUUAAAAACAAUCUUGCUCAAGCUGAAGCUGAAAAGACUAACAAGGCAAAUGAUGGGGCCCUGAAGUCUGAAUCUCGAAGUGGGAGAGCAUUGUCAUUAAGUGACAUACUUUACCGCUCAGAGGCUACCAGUGAUGGUUCACAGGAUGGUCCAACUGAAAGAGAAGAGUCUGACUAUGAUGAAGAAUUGGAACUGGACUUUGAAACAUCAAUAUCUGGUGAUGAAGGGCGUGAUAUUGAACCCAACACUCUUCAUGGAAGUUUAAAUUUGAGGAUUCAUCGAAGAGGUGACUCAAGUAGAGAAACAAGCUGUACAAAUGGCUCCUGUGGGUCACCUUCAUCAUCACAUAAUGAUCGGAUGCCUUAUCAGCCGGAGACAGUAAUUGAUAUGAAGCAGAGAUUUGUUGGCCACUGUAAUGUUGGAACUGAUAUAAAACAGGCCAGUUUUCUGGGCGAGAGAGGAGAGUAUGUGGCCAGCGGAAGUGAUGAUGGUAGAUGGUUUAUUUGGGAAAAGCAAACUGGUAGACUAAUAAAAAUGCUUCUUGGAGAUGAAGCUGUUCUGAACUGUGUGCAGUCUCAUCCAUUUGAUUGUGUUGUGGCUACAAGUGGAAUUGAUAACACAAUAAAGAUUUGGACCCCAACUGCUUCUGUCCCAUCAAAUGUAGCUGGAGGCUCAGCUGGACCAGAAACUUCUGAUGUGUUGGAUGUCAUGGAAAGCAAUCAGCGUAGACUAAGCCAUAAUCGUGAAGUCAUCCUUUGCAGCCCAUUUGAACUUCUGGAGCGGUUCCGGAUGCACGAAUUCACUGAAGGAACUUUGCACCCUCUUGAGUGUGCUCAGAGCUAAUCGUGAUCUUUGUUGAAGCAACCAUUGCAGAAAUUAUCUCUCGAGUUAUUAGUGGAGCAGUAUGUAAUUUGUUCUGCAAAAUUUCAGAGGAUUGAAGAUAUUGGCAGUAGGAAAUUGGUCGAGUAGUUGACUUUGUAAAACCUUUUGUGUCCCUGAAAAUAAGUUGGAAGUCUGAAUAAAGCUAUGCCAGAGUUAAAUUUUCUUGUAGAGCCUCUUUGUAAUAUUUUUUUCUUUCUCUUUUGAAAAGUUCUGUUUGUUUAUGUAUAUAUAAGUAUAUUUAAUGAAAAUAUACCAUGUAUAGGUGAGAUUUUCUUUCAAUAUAGAUAUUUAUUUUAUUUUA